UAAAGCAGCUCUCUCUCCAAUUGUCUUUGGGUACUCGUAGGUGAAGAAAAACUGAGAAGCGUGAGUGAGAUAGACAAACGUAAGUGGCUGGAAAUCGAAUAAGUUGGGGAGACCAUAAAGUAGAAACAAUGGCGAAGAUAGCACUGGGAUGCGAACCGGUGGUGGGAUCCUUAACUUCGUCGAAGAAGAAAGAGUACAGAGUCACCAACCGGCUCCAAGAAGGCAAACGCCCCUUAUACGCCGUAGCUUUCAACUUCAUUGAUUCCCGUUACUUCAACGUCUUCGCCACCGUUGGCGGCAAUCGCGUGACUGUAUACCAAUGCUUGGAAGGUGGUGUUAUUGCUGUGUUGCAAUCUUACAUUGAUGAGGAUAAGGACGAAUCCUUUUACACUGUCAGCUGGGCUUGCAAUAUUGAUGGUGCGCCAUUGCUAGUGGCUGGAGGAAUCAAUGGCAUAAUACGCGUUAUUGAUGCUGGUAAUGAAAAAAUCCACAAGAGUUUUGUUGGUCAUGGUGACUCAAUAAAUGAGAUCAGGACACAGCCUUUGAAGCCAUCUCUUGUGGUUUCUGCUAGCAAAGAUGAAUCAGUGCGGCUGUGGAAUGUUCAUACAGGUAUAUGCAUAUUGAUCUUUGCUGGUGCUGGAGGUCAUCGAAAUGAAGUCCUGAGUGUGGAUUUCCAUCCUUCUGACAUUUAUCGGAUUGCAAGCUGUGGAAUGGAUAACACUGUUAAAAUUUGGUCAAUGAAAGAGUUCUGGACAUAUGUGGAGAAAUCAUUUACUUGGACAGAUCUUCCUUCCAAAUUCCCAACAAAAUAUGUACAAUUCCCAGUAUUUAUAGCUUCAGUGCAUUCCAAUUAUGUUGACUGUAAUCGGUGGCUUGGCGACUUUAUCCUGUCUAAGAGUGUAGACAACGAAAUUGUCUUAUGGGAACCUAAAAUGAAAGAACAUUCUCCGGGAGAGGGUUCAGCUGAUGUCCUUCAAAAGUAUCCUGUUCCUGAGUGUGAUAUCUGGUUCAUCAAGUUUUCCUGCGAUUUCCAUUACAAAGCAGCUGUUAUAGGAAAUCGGGAAGGGAAGAUUUUUGUCUGGGAUCUCCAAUCGAGCCCCCCCGCCCUCAUUGCAAGGUUAUCUCAUGUUCAAUCAAAAUCUCCUAUUAGGCAGACUGCUGUGUCCUUUGAUGGAAGCACCAUUCUCAGCUGCUGUGAGGAUGGGACUAUAUGGCGCUGGGAUGCUGUAGCAAAUUCUUGAGUUACUGAGGUCCAUUAACGCUGGUCUGAUUGCAAAAUAACUCUUUCUGAGAUUCAUUGAUGCUGGUCUGAUUGCAAAAACAGCUCUUGCUACGGCUUUCAGCGGGUGGGUUUGUUGUAUGAUACAAGGAUCAUCACGAGGCAUAGUCUGAGAUUUUGUUUGCUCAAGUUGAUAUAGGAGCUAAAUUUUUAGGCUUCUGGCAGCUGUCAUUUAAACUCGGUCUAAUCGACAUGUUGUACUCUAGUUGUUAUGUUGAUUUAAUGUGGCCUUAGCAGAUUAAAAAUAUCUGUUUAUGUUGGUUUGGGAAUGCAUCAUGAAGAACUUUCAGAAUGCAUAAUUUUGGAAGCUGUGAAAAUGGAAGUUUUGGUGUUCUAA